GUAUUUCUUAUUGGGUUAAUUUCAUCCAUAUAUUCGUAAUCGUGUCACUAAAAUUUUAUAAAAUUAGAAACAUGCCACUAACGUCACGCUUUCCAUCCCAUCUCUCUUUUUUUCCGUGUUCUUCCAUCUUUCUCCCGUCUCCUCUCACUCUGUGUCGUCCCUCUCACUCACGACAUGGAGGAGGUCACCUCCGACGCCGCGGCGGCGAAGGAGGAGGAGACAGGGGGCCGCCGGCCACCGCCAGCCAGCCACCGCGCCUCCCACCGUCGCCGCCACUGCUCGCCCGCCUCAGCUCCGCCGCCAGCCACAACUCCACCCGCCGCCACCGCUCGCCCGCCCCAGCUCCCACCGUCGCACGCGCCACGCCGUCGCCAAAUCCGCGGGGGAGGAAGGCGGUGGAGGAGGAGGUGGAGCCGCCGCCCGCUCCCGGUUGCCUCCUCGUCGGCGGCGGCGCUGCAUGAGGUCGUUGAGCCGGCAAAGCCUGCCGCCGCCGCCGCUCGUCCACCGCCGCCACUGCUUGCCCGCCGCCACCACUCGCCUGCCCCAGCUCUGCCGCCAGCCGCCGUGCCUCCCACCGUCGCACGCGCCACAUCCGUGGGGAAGGAACGCGGUGGAGGAGGAGGAGGAGGAGCCGCCGCCCGCUCCCUGUUGCCACCUCGUCGGCGGCAGCGCCACACGAGGUCGUUGAGCCGGCAAAGCCCCGCCUGGUCCUUGAGCGCCUCCUCCGCGCAGACCGCGCUCAUGCUCGCCAUCACCACGAAUGACGACGCCUUCUUGCUCAGCGACGAGCUCAUCUUCACCUAACUUGGUCUUUGAUGGAUGAUUCCUCGCAAGCAGAUGCUGUGUUUCUUGGAGCUAGCAGAUCCUGGACUUCGUGACGCAGUGGCUCGUCGGGGUCUCGCCGGCAAUGCCGUGCCCGCCAUCCACGACGACCACAACGUCGUCACCGAGCGCGUGGCCUCACGUUGUCACGGAGAGAGAAUAGGGAAGAUAGAAAGAGUGAUCGAGUGGUAUGGUUUCAAGUUUAGAAAUUUACAGUGAAUAGUAGUGGUAUAUUUUGAUUUUCCAUAUUUACAGUGGCAUGGAUCAUAUUAAUCCUUUCUUAUUAAUUGUUACAUGUGUUACCUAUACGUUGUCAUUUUACCUAACAAGUACAAUGACUUUAUGAGAUCA